AUGAUAGGAUGUGAAGUAACACUUCAAGAUUUUGACGUAUCGAAGGAUGAAGGCCUGUUAGCAGAGUGUCAUUCGUUAUGUCGUGAAGUAUUCUGCCAGGAGUAUGGUUUAGAGGAACUACUAAGAAUUGAUGGCGAAGAUAAGAAUAGUAGGUAUAUUGUGGCUCGAUGGUUUGAUGACGGCUCCGUGAUCGCCACUUGCCGUCUACGUCCUGCGCAUCUAUAUGUUAAAUUGGAGCAAGUUGCUGUACACAGAGUAUGCUGUAUUUUCAUUACUCUUUUCAGUUAUGAGAGGAAAAUUUUCUUUUUUUAUGACUGGCGAGGACGAACUAUUGGGCAUCGCAUAUGUCGACGUGCUAUCGAGUUAGCAGAAUGUUUUUAUGGUACGCAAGUUCUAAUAACAUAUUCUCAUCUUAACGUUAUAAAAUUUUACGAACAACUUGGGUUUAUGAUAACCUCAGACGAAUUUAUGGAUGCUCAUAUCUUCCAUAAGAUGAUGUUUUAUUUUCCGCGCAGAGAUAGGCUGCCUACAUUGCUUUUGUGGGAAUUUAACUGUGCUGAACAUAAAUAUACACCAGAUGAAUGCUUUGACCCGACCAAUAUGGCGAGACUGAAAGGAUCUCUUAUGUCAUUCAAGGAGCAAAAUAUCCCCAGAUUGAUGCAUCUGCAACAUAUACCAGAUCAAGCUGUCGUUGGUUAUUCGCUACUUCGAACUUACAGAGAAUGCGCUCGAGCAACUCUAGCACAUGAUUUCACGCGCAGUAAACAUCUGGAAACUUUUCUGACGUCAAUAGUUUGGGAAAAAUUGAAUACUGGUCAUUAUGGAGAGGUUGAUGAAGCUUGGAGGAUUUUUUACGCAACCAUUAUGAUGUGUAAAGCAGUGCGUUUAAAAUUUGAGAAGCAAAUACAGGAAGCUCUGCAUGCUUGUGACAUUGGUUUGAUAAUGGGUCGUGACAUUGAUGGUUUUGCGCUGUCAGCAUUCGCCCAUCAUUUACAUUCUUCUUUAUCAGAGCCAUCAACAUCCGUUUCUUUAAAAACACAAAAGCUUUUGCAACCUCCAUCUCCUUUGUUGAAUUCAACUUAUGUUGAUGUUUGUGAGCUCCCAUCGUUUGAAGAAAUGUUAAAGAUUAUAGAAAAUCAAAAACCAGUGGUCAUAAGAGGACUUGUUAAUCAGUGGCCUGCAUUUACAAAAUGGAACUUCUCGUAUUUUAACGAAACUAUUGGUCAUCGUACAGUUCCUAUUGAAAUCGGUAGCAGUUAUGCCGAUAGCGAUUGGAAACAAACUUUGAUGACUUUUCAUGAUUUCAUUGAGAAAUUCAUAGAAUGUGAGAAUUCAGAUAAUCCAGGUUAUUUGGCUCAACAUCGGUUGUUUGAUCAAAUUCCGGAACUUUUGAGUGAUAUAAUCAUUCCUGACUACUGUGCAUUUGGUGAAGAAGGAAUUGACAAUGUCGAUUUGAAUAUUUGGAUUGGACCAGCGGGGACUGUUUCACCUUUACAUUUUGAUCCAAAAAAUAACAUGUUCUGCCAGGUAGUUGGUCGAAAAUUUUUACGACUAGUAUCUGCAGCUGAAACUGAAAGCGUAUACCCCCGAAAGGAUGGGAUUUUAACCAACACUAGUCAGCUCGAUGUGCUAUAUCCGGAUAUGACAAAAUUCCCACGUUUUUGCGAAGCUCAUGUUUUUGACUGUAUACUCUAUGCUGGUGAAUGUUUAUUUAUACCAGCUGGAUUUUGGCAUUAUGUCCUUGCACUUGAUCCCAGUAUAUCUGUAUCCUGUUGGUUUAGUACCAAAGCUUAA